UGUGUUUGAAAGUUGUAUUUUGUCAAGGUGUUUUUUGACGAGCUGUUAGGAAGGCAACAUUUCCCUGUGACCUUAUCACAGUUUUUCCCUACUGAGAUAUCCCUCACACACCCCGACUUUCAUCUUGACACACAACCACACACACUUCCACCUACCCCUCCCACAAACAAACACAGAGCCUACACCUCUAUAGCAUAUUCAUAUCUACAUCAACGUAACUGCCAUCCUUUUGCGCCUUUCACUUUCUAGACCAAUAGCACAUCUCCAGACACCCACCUCUCUCCGAUUUGUAUAUAAUCUACUUCAUACUGCAUUUUGACCACUGUGAUCAGCUCUCAGUGGACCAAGCGAGGUAAUAGGCCUGGGUUUCUGGGAUGAAUACUAGGAUGUGUUCUCCAAUGCAGGUAGUGGUCUUGGCUCUGUCCCUUAUUGUGCUAGUGAGUAAGGUCAGUACAGCUCCCAGGACUGACUUACUGGCUCAUCCGCUCCAAAACGAGGCAGAUGGGAAGAAGGACCUUUCCCGCAUGCUUCUACUGAAGCUCCUUUCUGAGCUGGAGAUCCCAGACGAGAAUGACCCUCUUUCUGAUGAUGACUUGGAGCUGAACCGCAUCCUACGCCGUCUUCCCUUAACCUCACGCGAGCGGAAAGCUGGCUGCAGGAACUUCUUCUGGAAGACGUUCACCUCCUGUUAG